GAUAAACCAAGUGGGACCGUCGGACUGCAGAGUGCCCAUUUUUCUCCCAAGGAAACCUACAGGAGAAGGCUGCAACCCAUCAGCCUUUAAGGACUGACAUCACUGCAAGGGUGUGAGAGAGUCUGCACAGUGUCCCAUGGCUGUGCAGGAGCUGGGCAUCAGCCUGUCCAUGAUAGGCGUCGCCGGGACCAUCCUGAUCUGUGCUCUGCCCAUGUGGAAGGUGACAGCCUUUAUCGGCACCCAUCUGGUGGUCAUGCAGGUGUUCUGGGAAGGUCUUUGGAUGACCUGCGUCAGUGAGUACACAGGUCAGCUGCAGUGUAAGCUCUAUGAUGCCCUGCUGGAUCUGUCGCCAGACCUCCAGGCGGCCCGAGGCCUCAUCUGCAUCAGCCUGGUGCUGGGAUGUUUGGGAUUCCUCAUCUUCCUCCUGGGAGCCCGCUGCACCAACUGCCUGAGCCACCCGAGGAUCAAAGCUCGGGUGGUGGUGAGCUCAGGAGCCAUCUUCUGCCUGGCAGCGCUCACCACCAUCGUCGCUGUUUCCUGGACGGCCAACUCCAUCAUCAACGACUUCCACAACCCACGCGUCCCUGAGGUGCUGAAGAGGGAGCUCGGAGCGGCCAUAUAUAUCGGCUUUGUGACAUCUGGGCUGCUGUUCUGUGGGGGAGCCAUUCUGUGCACAAGCUGCCCACCGCAGAGGGCCAGGUUCCCUUCCAGUGGGUACACACUGGCCAGGACACCCACACACAGCAGCUAUGCCAUCAAGAACUAUGUGUGAAGUGAGGGCUGAGGGCUGAACAGGCUGAUGGAUAUAGACCAUAGAUAUUAAAAAAACAUAGCAUGUUUAAAUAUAUGAACAUGUUGUAAUUUGACACUAGAUUUGCCCAUUAUCCAUACAGUGUCUUUUUUUUUUUUUUUUUUAUAAAAUUCUGUCCACAGUGGUGUCCAUACCAAACAUUUGCCAAUCUUUGGUUGGUCAUUAAACAUGCGGUUGAAUUAUUAGAUCUCCAUAUAGGGGUAAUAUAUUUCACUGUAUGUCUGGUACAGCUAUAAUUAUCUGACAUCUUUAGAAAUAGCUGCAAUCUGUCAAAAUGAACCACAAUAUAGAUUUCCCUGGUCUUAUGAACAAUGAAUGUUGCCAAUUCAUUUCACAAAGAAAGCCAGAGAAUUGAUUUGUACCCAUGUAGCUUAAUGUGCGUGCAUUUUUAACGAGUAGAAAAAUGACAUUAAUCAUGUUUAAGUCACCGUUUUUAGUGAAAAUAUAAACAGAGAGCAUGUGCCAUGCUUAAA